CGGCUAUUGUCAUCUGGGCUUUUCGGUUUACUUGUAUUUUGUUCUUAAUUUUAGCAGUGGAAUCUCACUUUGUACGAGUUUGAGUGCCUGAGGAUUAUAUAAGAGAGGUCUGUUAAUGUGUACUUGCUGAAUCAUAUUGUGAACUGAAACAUAUACCGUUCUUUGGUGUUUCGAUUCUGGGCUGUGGGGCUAGAUGGCUUCUUGGGAGCCGCUGGUUUGGUACUGUAAACCAGUGGCCAAUGGAGUAUGGGCAAAAGAACUGGACACCGCAUUUGGAGCGUACACCCCUUGUGCCAUUGACUCCCUAGUGAUUUGUGUAUCUUAUUUGGCACUCUUCGGGCUAUGCAUCUACCGGAUAUGGUUGAUAAAGGAUCCAAAAGCUCAAAAGUACUGUCUAAGGACAAAGUACUACAACUACAUACUGGGACUGCUUGCUGCUUAUUGUACAGUUGAGCCUAUGUUCAGACUGGUGAUGGAUAUUUCACCAUUUAACCUGGAUGGGGAGACCGGCGUUGCUCCCUUUGAGAUGGUUUCUUCGGUCGUUGAAGCUCUCUCCUGGUGCUCCAUGCUCAUUAUGAUUGGCUUGGAAAUUAAAAUAUACAUUCGGAAGUUCCGAUGGUAUGUGAGGUUUGGAGUCCUUUAUGUUUUGAUAGCGGAAUGCGUAGUGCUAAAUCUCAUUCUUCCAGUGAGUGCUAAUGCCGCCAGAGUGGCCUUCUACAUGUCUGUGGGCACGUUUAUAUGCAAGGUUUUAUUCGGAAUUCUUCUUCUGUUUCAUUUGCCCACAUUGGAUCCAUAUCCUGGUUAUGUUAUGCUGGAACCUGAGACCAUUGACAAUGGCGAGUAUGAGGCCCUCCCUGGAGAAGAGCAAAUUUGUCCAGAGAGGCACGUGAAUAUCUUUUCCCGUAUAUAUUUUGGAUGGAUGACCUCACUUAUGCGGCAAGGCUACCAUAAACCCAUCACUGAAAAGGAUGUCUGGAAAUUAGAUGCAUGGGAUCAGACUGAAACACUGAUUAAUAAGUUUCAGAAAUGCUGGAUUGAAGAAUCUAAAAAGAAAAACCCAUGGCUGUUAAGAGCUCUAAAUAAUAGCCUUGGAGCAAGGUUUUGGCUGGGAGGACUAUUUAAGAUUGGCAACGAUCUUUCUCAAUUUGUGGGGCCUGUUAUCUUGAACCAGCUAUUACAGGAAGAAUAUCACCAACCUGCAAGAUUUAGGUGGAGCCAGCGACCAAUCCAUAGAAGACCCGGUGACCUCGUCAUCCAGCGUCCUUCAGGGUCGUUGGCCUCGCCAGUCCUCAUCAAUCGGCAUCCUCGCCAUUUGCCGACAUCAUCUUUGGAAAUGGAGGAAACAGAGGUCGAUAUGUGCGCGACCGUGACCUGUGCAACAUCGGGGAGAUUGAGCGAUUUCCGAGUUUCCAACUGCUCCGGUGGACCUGGGAGACUUCAAGGAGAGAGGUCGACGGCGAGAUUGGACGAAAUCGGGGAGAGAGAGCGACGGCGGCAAGGUUUGACCGGCGGUGAGGAUGGUCAAUGCAGCGUGGGGAUCCUGCUUGGAUUGGUUAUGCUUAUGCUUUCUCAAUUUUUAUUGGUGUGGUAUGGAUUCUAUCUCAUACUUCAUUAACAAUAUCAUAAGUUGGCUACUACAUGUCUAGCACAACACCUUUGUUGCUUCCAAGUACAUUACAUAAAAGGGCCAAACUAUGAAAUUUUCCAUAUACAUCUUCAUUACUGGCUAUAUCUCCAAUUUUUGACAGCUUAUGCUGAUGCUGGGUCAUGUGAUAUAGUCCUUAUGUAAUCGCGUCGAGUCCUUUCUUUUUUCAUGAAUGCAGAACUAAUUUAGGAAAACUGACUAGGCAUAAGAUGAAAACCAUAUUAACAUAAUUGGAGCAGGUAGGAAGACUAUGAAGUUGUACUGCAUGGAACCUGAAAUAACUAUAUGAAUUACUGGCUCUAAUAGUGGGUUAAGUCGUGAAAAGUGGAAAGAAUGCUUUUCUUCUCUCAGAUCAUAAAACCAACCAACCCCAUGUAUCUGAAGCCAUGCCAAUACAGAUACUGAAGUGAUGUCUACUUUGAUCAGCCUUCUCUGAUGUCAGCUAUGUUAUGCUUCUAUUUGAGAUGUUAAGGCUGUAGGGCCAUUAAGGUUGAUAAUAGCGCUUUAUUAUAUUAUUAUUGGUUUAUUCACUUUAUGUUUCUAUGAUAUCAACUCUGGUAUGGUUUCCAAUUUGUCAUAUUGUAUGGGUUUUAUUAUCAGCAUGAAGUGUAGAUUCUUGGGCUUUCUUGUUUUUAUUUUUGCUCCAUGGAUGGAUCUGUAUUUAAUCUGCCUCAGAAAUCCUCCGAGCCUAUUUGGAAGUUGGUGCUUUCCCAAAUGAGAAUAUGAGAUCCAUUCAUUGAUGGAGCAUCAUCCUUUCGUAAUGCAGGUGGCUGCCAUAUUCCGUAAAUCGUUGAGACUAACUCAUGAGGCCCGCAAGAACUUCCCAACUGGGAAGAUCACAAAUAUGAUCACGACAGAUGCCAAUACAAUCCAGCAAGUAUGCCAACAACUUCAUAAUUUGUGGUCAGCGCCAUUCAGAAUCACCUUGUCUAUGAUACUUCUCUACCAGCAAUUGGGUGUUGCUUCUCUCCUUGGAUCGUUACUCCUCAUUCUCAUGAUCCCUGUACAGUAAACACCAACAGACAGCUGUGAUUAGCAAAAUGAGAAAACUAACCAAGGAAGGUUUGCAAAGGACAGAUAGGAGAGUCAGCCUCAUGAAUGAAAUCCUUGCAGCAAUGGAGACUGUGAAAUGUUAUGCUUGGGAGAAAAGCUUCCAGAAUAGAGUUCAAGGUCUACGGGAUGAUGAGCUGUCAUGGUUUCGCAGGGCCCAGUUGCUUGCUGCUUUCAAUAGUUUUCUGCUCAACAGCAUGCCAGUUGUUGUGACAUUGGUUUCAUUUGGAACUUUCACCUUACUCGGCGGAGACUUGACACCUGCUAGGGCAUUUACAUCACUCUCUCUGUUUCAAGUGUUACGGUUUCCUUUGAACAUGCUUCCUAACUUAUUAAGCGCGGUUGUAACUGCAAAUGUCUCAGUCCAACGGUUGGAGGAACUAUUUAUGGCAGAAGAGAGAACUCUGGAAUUGAAUCCACCGCUUGAGGCAGAACUUCCUGCCAUCUCUAUCAAGGAUGGACAUUUUUCGUGGGAUUCAAAGGCAGAGAGGCCUACAUUGUCAAAUAUAAAUCUAGAUAUACCAGCUGGAAGCUUAGUUGCAAUAGUUGGUGGAACUGGAGAAGGAAAGACGUCGCUUAUCUCAGCAAUGCUUGGAGAACUGCCUGCUGUAGCCAAUACUAGUGUUGCGAUUAGAGGAACUGUCGCUUAUGUUCCUCAAGUUUCUUGGAUUUUCAAUGCUACUCUGCGAGAGAACAUAUUGUUUGGAUCUACAUACGAACCUGAGCGAUACUGGAGAACAAUUGAUGUGUCUGCCUUACAUCAUGAUCUCGACAUACUUCCUGGCCACGAUCUAACAGAGAUAGGAGCAAGAGGAGUGAAUAUCAGUGGUGGUCAAAAGCAAAGGGUUUCGAUAGCUAGGGCUGUGUAUUCGAAUUCAGACGUAUACAUAUUUGAUGACCCUUUAAGUGCCCUAGAUGCUCACGUUGGUCGCCAGGUAUUCAACAAAUGCAUCAAGGAAGAGUUGCAAGGAAAGACUAGGGUUCUUGUGACGAACCAGCUACAUUUUCUUCCUCAUGUGGAUAAGAUCAUUGUUGUGAGCGAAGGAACUGUUAAGGAGGAGGGAACCUUCGAGGAGCUCUCCAAAAGUGGCACGUUAUUCCAAAAGUUGAUGGAGAAUGCUGGGAAGACGGAAGAAAUGCAAGAAGAACAGGAGGUGCACGAAGAAGAGCUGGACAGCACAAAUGUUGAGCAUGGAAGGUCAAAUCCCACUAAUGGAGUGCAUGAGUUGACACAGAAUACAGGAUAUAAUAGUAAGAGUGGGAAAAGAGGGAAGUCAGUGCUAAUAAAGCAAGAGGAAAGGGAGACUGGCAUUGUUAGUUGGAAAGUAUUGGACAGGUACACGACUGCAUUAGGGGGUAUGCUGGUGGUUAUGGUAUUGUUCACAUGCUACACAUUAACUGAAGUUCUUCGAAUUUCAAGCAGUCAAUGGUUAAGCAUUUGGACGAACCACAGCGAUUCAGAAAGCUACAAUCUUCCAUUUUUCCUCUCGGUUUAUGCACUUCUGUCACUGGGCCAGGUAAGCGUUACACUGGGAAACUCUUAUUGGUUGAUCACUUCAAGUCUACGUGCCGCCAAAAGACUCCAUGAUUCUAUGCUAGCAACCCUCCUACGAGCUCCUAUGCUGUUCUUCCACACCAACCCACUUGGCAGGGUAAUUAACAGGUUUGCAAAGGAUCUUGGGGAAAUAGAUCGCAAUGUUGCCGGUUUUGCCAACAAUUUUCUGAACCAAGUCUGGCAGCUCCUUUCCACAUUUGCCUUAAUAGGCAUCGUGAGCACUCUGUCUUUGUGGGCCGUAAUGCCUCUUCUCAUCUUGUUUUAUUCAGCCUAUUUAUUCUAUCAGACCACUUCCCGUGAAGUGAAACGCUUGGAUUCCAUAACCAGAUCCCCAGUUUAUGCACAAUUCGGAGAAGCGCUAAAUGGCCUGUCCAGCAUUCGUGCCUACAAGGCCUACGAUCGUAUUGCCGAUAUCAACGGCAAAACAAUGGACAACAACAUCAGAUUCACCCUUGUGAACAUCAGUUCCAAUCGCUGGCUCACCAUAAGACUGGAGACGCUGGGAGGAGUCAUGAUCUGGUUAAUAGCCACCUUCGCAGUCUUGGAGAAUCAAAAAGCCGAAAACAGGAUUGCAUUCGCUUCUACCAUGGGCCUACUGCUGACUUACACUCUCAACAUUACUAGUUUGUUGAGCGGUGUGCUGAGAUCGGCGAGUCGAGCCGAGAAUAGCUUCAAUGCUGUUGAGCGUGUGGGCGAAUACAUGGAGUUGCCCUCAGAGGCUCCGGCAGUUAUCGAGAGCAAUCGUCCCCCACCUGGAUGGCCUUCAUCAGGUUCAAUAAAGUUCUCAGAUGUUGUCCUGCGUUACAGGCCAGAACUUCCACCGGUGUUGCAUGGAUUAUCGUUUGCGGUUGCUCCGAGUGAGAAGCUUGGCGUGGUUGGAAGAACUGGAGCGGGGAAGUCCAGCAUGCUGAAUGCAUUGUUCAGAAUUGUGGAGGCUGAGAGGGGAGAGAUCGUGAUUGAUGGAUGUAAUGUUGGGAAAAUUGGGCUCAUGGAUCUUCGGAAAGUUCUUACUAUCAUACCACAAGCACCGGUUCUUUUCUCUGGAACUGUGAGAAUGAAUCUGGAUCCAUUUAGUGAACAUAAUGAUGCAGACCUCUGGGAGGCACUGGAAAGGGCACAUCUAAAGGAUGUGAUAAGGAGCAAUGCUUUGGGUCUGGAUGCUGAGGUUUUGGAGGGAGGAGAGAACUUCAGUGUUGGACAGAGACAGCUAUUGAGUUUAGCUCGAGCAUUGCUACGAAGAUCGAAAAUUCUUGUACUUGAUGAAGCAACUGCUGCUGUUGAUGUGAGAACUGAUGCGCUCAUACAGAAAACAAUCAGAGAAGAGUUCAAGUCCUGCACAAUGCUUGUAAUUGCUCACAGAUUGAAUACUAUCAUUGACUGCGACAGAAUUCUCGUGCUUGAUGAUGGCCGGGUAAAAGAGCAUGCUAGUCCGGAGGAACUGCUUUCAAACGUAGAGAGUGCGUUCUACAAGAUGGUGCAGAGUACUGGAUCAGCAAAUGCUCAAUAUCUAAGCAGCUUGGUAUUUGAAGCCAAAGAGAGCAAGUUCAACGGGAAUGAAAAGACCAAGAACCUAGAUUGGCAGAGGAAAUGGCUUGCUUCCUCGAGAUGGACAGCUGCUGCUCAGUUUGCACUAGGUGUUAGUCUCACUUCUUCAACAAAUGACCUUCAGAGUUUAGUUGUUGGAGAUCGCAACGACAUUCUCAGGAGGACGAAAGAUGCUGUCUUAACCCUUCAGGGAGUGCUGCAAGGGAAGCAUGACGAAGUAAUAGAUGAUACUCUCCAGCAGCAUGAUCUCCCCAGAGAAAGAUGGUGGUCGACUCUCUACAGAAUAGUUGAAGGUAAUCACAGAUUGCAUUCUGCGGAUACAUUAUUUUGGCCAGAAUAGUGCAUCUGACAGUUCAUAUCUGAUCCAUACCCUUGUUUUGUUUAUCUUUAUCAGGUCUAGCAAUGAUGAGCAGGCUGGCUAAGAACAGGAAUCCAGUUUCAGCCAAGAAAAAUGGUUGUUUUGACAUUUUUUGGACUAGAUUGUUCCAACUUGAUAAUUGAUAGAAUGAACGUUGAGGUAUGCCACAUGAACAGAUGUAUAAUACAAAUUGUAAUGGAAAUUUCGAGCAGUGGGCU